AUGACUUCCGCAUUUUUGUCUCGUUUUAUUAUUAUCUCCAGACAGACAUAUAUUAAAGACAACAUAUCUGAAAAAACUGUUACAAAUGUCCUUGAAGAAAUCAACGAGAGAAAGUCCAGAGAAAAUAACUUGAUCAUCUUUGGGAUUCCGGAAAUAGACGAAGAGAACAAAGAAGAAAGAGAAAACACUGACAAAGAAAGACUAAAUGAGCUAAUUAAAGAUUGCAAAAUACAAUUGGAUAAGGAAAACUUGAAGACAAUUAAAAGACUUGGGAAAUUUAAUACAGAAAAACUAAAUAGACCAAUCCUAGUAAAAUUACCAAGUGCAGAGCCUAAGAUCACCUUAUUCAGAAAUAUACACUACAUAAAAACAAAUCCAAAAUAUGCAAAAGUGGGAGUUAGUAACGACCUAACCCAAGCAGAAAGAGAGCAAGAGAAAAGAUUAUGGGAACAAGCAAAAAAACAAACUGAGGAAGAGAUUUCGGGGGACUACCACUUCAGAGUAAGGGGCCCACCUUGGGCAAGGAAGGUUGUCAGAUUAAAGAAGCUAGACUCCUAAAAGGAAAAAGAGGAAAAGAGGAUGUAAAUAAUUUUAAUGGUAAAAAGGUUUUUAAAAAUGUAAAAACAGAUAAUUUUACAGUUUUACCCAAAUUGAGCUGUAUAUACACAAAUGCAGAUCAGUUAUUUAACAAGCUGCCUGAACUAAUAGUACG